CCUUCAGCUUCUCGUGUUUUGCCAAACAAGGACGCCGCAAUGGCUGGUCGAUUUGUUCGAGCGUCCAAGUACCGACACAUCUUUGGCAAGCCCACCAAGAAGGAGUUCUGCUACGAUAACCUGCGCAUCAGUCGGAAUGCCUGGGACACGAACCUGGUAAAGGUACGGAAGGCCAACGCCGAGUACCUGUCGGUCAAUUGGGAGUCGUCUGGCGGCGGCGCCUUUGCCGUCAUUCCUCUCAACGAGAAGGGAAAGGCACCCGACCAGAUCCCGCUGUUUCGCGGCCACACCGCGACGGUGCUCGAUACCGACUGGAACCCGUUCAACGACCAUAUUAUCGCGUCUGCCUCGGAGGAUGGCAAGGUCUUCAUCUGGGAGGUUCCCGAGGGCUUUUCGCUGUACACCGAUGCCGAGGUGAUUCCUGACGUAUCGCCCGUCAGCAAGCUCGGGGGACAUACGAGAAAAGUCGGACAGGUCCUGUUCAACCCCGCGGCCGAAAACAUUCUCGCUUCCGCCUCGGGCGACUUCACAAUCAAGCUCUGGGACAUCGGCACCGGUCAGAGCCACCUCACCCUCCAGCACGCCGACAUCGUACAGAGUCUGUCAUGGAACGCGAGCGGCAGCCUCAUGGUGACGACGUCGAGGGACAAGAAGAUCCGGGUGUGGGACGUCCGCCAGGAGAAGCCGGUCCACGAGGCCGCCGGCCACACGGGAGCCAAGAACAGCAGAGCUGUCUGGCUGGGAGAGCACAACCGCUUCGCCACGACGGGCUUCUCCAAGAUGAGCGAGCGCCAGAUUGCCCUGUGGGAACCUGGCCGCAGCGAUCCCAUUGGAGGAUUCACGCAUCUGGAUGCCAUUUCUGGUGUCUGCAUGCCGUUCUGGGAUGAGGGAUCCAACUGCCUUUACCUUGCUGGCAAGGGUGAUGGCAACAUCCGCUACUUUGAGUACGAAAACGACAAGUUCGAGUACCUGAGCGAGUACAAGUCGGUUGAUCCGCAGCGAGGUAUCGCCUUCCUUCCGCGACGCGCUAUCAACGUCCACGAAAACGAGGUCAUGCGCGCUUUCAAGACGGUCAACGACAGCUACAUCGAGCCCAUCUCCUUCACCGUGCCCCGCCGGGCAGAGACGUUCCAGGCCGACAUCUUCCCCCCUGCCGUUGGCCUCCGACCUGCCGUCAGCGCCAAGGAGUGGCUCGAGGGCAAGACUGGACUCCCUCCCAAGAUCGACCUGGAGAGCAUCUAUGAGGGAACUGCCCCUAAGGAGGUUGCUGCCGACUACCAGCCACCUGCCCCGGUGGUACCCAAGGUCGAGCCCAAGAAGGAGGAGCCCAAGGAGGAGCCCAAGCCAGUGGCGCGAGCCCCUCCUCCGAGUGUCAGCGACCAGAAGACGUCCAUUGCCGCCAUGGCCAACAAGUUCCAGGACGCCGACGAGGCGGAGUCCAAGGAGGAGGAACCGUCCAGCUUUGACGAGGAGGUCAAGCCGGCCCAGCGAAACCCUCUGCCUAUCCGAACCGAGGCGAAGCCUGCAGCUCCCGCAGCCGCCACUCCUGCUACUGCUGCCCCGGCAUCCGCUGCCAGCGCCACCUCCUUGAGCGAGAUCAAGGAGCUUAUUGAGAACCAGACAAAGGUGAUCAGCGCCCAGAACGACCAGAUUGGCCUGUUGACGUCCGAAGUCGAAUCCCUCAAGAAGCGGCUUGGAUCAGGGUCCCAGGACCAGAGCGAGCGAAUCAGGCAGCUUGAGCUAGAGCUAGAGGAGGCACGAUCGUAAUCUUUGUGUGUCUUUUUAGUAUACUAUUGCUACAUACCUUGCCUAUCCGAAUCUGUCUCUCUCCCUGCUUGUCGCUUUUUGUCGUCUUGUCGAGAGCCUGGGGUCAAGGGAUAAGGAAGAGUGAAUAGGGGGAGGAAUCUUGGAAAAAAGCAAAAACCAAGGAAGGGAGAGAGAGGAUUCGUUUGAUGCAAGGGGCCAGC